AUGUUUUCCCCCAAUAAACCCAUUAUACAAAAAGAAGACUUGGCUAAUAUCAAAGAUUAUUUUGAUAUUUGUAUAGGCUCUUCUUCAUCAGAAGCAUCUCCUGAAACCAAAUCUGAAUAUGAAGUAUUAAUGAAACGACAAGCUACCCUUCAAAACCUUAAAGAUCUUGACUCUGAUAUUAUGAGCUGGCUUUUGGAAACACCAUCCAAAAACUCGAAUACACUUGGUAAGUAUUAUCUACAGUCGACGAAAAAAGGUUGGCCUAAUUUCUCUGCAAUCAUAUCUCUGAGAAUUACAAACGUAUAA